CUAAACCUAAAAACCUGUCAACAUGAUUAGGACUGGCUUUGUGAUUCUCUGUGUGAUUCUGUCGCAGUUAUUGUAUAGCACAUUAGCUAUCCAGAUAGAUUGCAGGCACACGGAGCGUAUUCAUGAGGAGAACAUCCACCGUUGCUGCAAGCAUCCCGAUGGCCAUAACGAUGUUACCGAAAUGUGCGCCAAACAGACCAAUUUCCGUCUGCCCAAUGCCAACGAGGAGGCCAUAGAGGAUGUAACGGUGGACCAAGCCAUGACCGGCACUUGCUGGGCCAAGUGUGUCUUUGAGCAUUACAAUUUGUUGGAGAACAACACCUUGGAUAUGGUUAAAGUCAGGUCUUACUACAAGAGAUACCACAGCACGGAUCCAGAAUAUGAGACUGAAAUGCUGAAUGCUUACGAGAAAUGUCAUUCGGAAAACGAAAAGGCUGCCGAGCAGUUCCUGUCGCUGCCAAUAGUAAAGGCCUUUGGUUCGGGCAAAUUCUGCAAGCCCACAUCCAGCAUCAUUAUGUCCUGUGUGAUUUAUAAUUUUUUCCAUAAUUGCCCAAAGAAUCGUUGGUCCAAUACCACCGAAUGCCAGGAAGCACGGGCCGUUUCCAAGAAAUGCAAGGAUGUGCUCACCAUCAUGUAAAAAUUGUAAAUUAUUGUGUUUAUAAUUCAAUAAAUUAUACAUAAAAUGGUGUAUGUGCAAAGAAAACAAGUU